AGGUUUGCCAAAGAACUCGAGCAGGAAGCGGUGCCAGAAUGGCGUGUCAAGUACCUGAACUACAAGCUCGGGAAGAAGCUCAUCAAGAACGUUACGAGGGCCAUCCAGCGCGCAAACACCACACCGACUCUUGCUAGGCGACCCGAUUCACAGCAUCCAUUGCAUGCCACACCUGCCGCUCUCUUCCACCACCUAAGCCACAAACGAACAUCAACCCACAAUCGAUGGUCUGAUGACACUCCAGGUCCCCAUGAGGAUUCUCCCGGUACCGAUUAUUUCCCGGGCGGCGGCCCAGAGCUCGGCCUCGCGCCGGCCAAGAACAACAGAAGCAGCAGAAGCAGCAUCGGCUUACGAGGGGAGCGCUCUAGUUUGACGAGGUCACCUGACAGCGAAAUUCGAUAUGGAAGCAUUCUCCCCCCUUCGCGUUCGAGCGAUCGAACCGAGUUCGAACUCCCCGCUCCGGCUAUGAAGAUAGCCUCGAGGACAGGCGGUCGCCGUGACUCGAUCCCGACUACCCCGACUUCCCCGUCCUCCGUCGAUGUGCCACCAAGCGCAACCAUUGCAAAACGUCCUACCCAUCGUCUUUCCCGGGUUCUCUCCAAUACCUCUCGUCUUUCUCGCACAAUGUCAAACAAGGACGAUAUAGGAUUGCAGAAUCUGGACUCCGUCCGUACUGCCGAGGCCGAGUUUUUUUCUUUCCUCGACAAUGAAUUAGACAAGAUCGAGACCUUCUACAAGCAAAAGGAAGACCAAGCCACCAAGCGCCUAACUGCUUUGCGCGAGCAACUUCACGAAAUGCGCAACAGGCGAACCACUGAGAUUUCGGAUGCCAAGCAGAGGAAGGAGAUGGAACGACGUAGUGGCAGUAGGAGCCACUCAGACGAUGAUGGAGGAAACAAUGGCAAGGACAACGGUAUCGACUGGAUAGGGCCCAUCCGCACCAAGUUCAUGAAGCCUGGGCCAAACUCGAAAGCGCUGCAAAAGAUGACCGAGACGCCAGUCAUGGCCCCGCAAAAGCCAGAAGAAGGCCGUGACUAUGUCAGGAGACCGCCAAACAAAGACGAUGUGCCAUAUCGUGUAGCUAAGCGGAAGCUCAAGCUCGCCCUGCAGGAGUUCUACCGCGGCCUCGAACUUCUCAAGUCCUAUGCCCUCCUGAACAGAACUGCGUUCCGGAAGCUUAACAAGAAGUACGACAAGGCGGUUAAUGCCCGCCCGACUUACCGCUACAUGAACGAGAAAGUCAACAAGACUUGGUUUGUCAACAGCGACGUUCUCGACGGUCACAUUCGCACCGUCGAAGACUUAUACGCCAGAUACUUCGAAAAAGGCAAUCACAAAGUGGCUGCAGGAAAACUUCGGAAUAUUCUCAGACGCCCCGUAGACGCUUCGGACAGUGCUUUCCGCUGCGGACUGCUUAUCGGUUUUGGCGCCGUCUUUGCCGUUCAGGGUCUGAUUUAUGGCUCGGAGCUACUGUUCCAGGACGACCACACCCUCAAAGAAAACACAAGCUACUUGCUGCAGCUGUACGGAGGCUACUUCUUGAUGAUCAUGCUCUUCACGCUGUUCACAUUGGCUUGUCGAAUAUGGACCAAGAACAAGGUUAACUACCCGUUCAUCUUCGAGUUUGACACGAGGCACAACCUGGAGUGGAAGCAGCUGGCCGAGUUCCCCAGCUUCUUCUUUGCGCUUCUUGGCGUCUUCAUAUGGCUCAACUUUUCGAGGUUUGGCGAAAACUGGGAGGAGAUGUAUCUGUACUAUCCUGUCGUUUUGAUAGGCGUGUCGCUGCUGAUAUUGUUCUUCCCGGCACCGAUAUUUUACCACCGAGCUAGAAGAUGGUUCUUGUAUUCGCAUGUUUGUAUCCUGUCGAGUUCCGAGACUUCUUCCUCGGCGAUAUCUGCAUUUUGGGAUUUAUUCAUGGAUUUCUCACUACUCCAGAAAAACGCCCGCCACCCCUUCCUCCGAGACAUCACCGCGCUCAAGUCCAAAUGGAUCUACUACGCCAUCAUGAUUGUCGACCCGAUUCUCCGCUUCAACUGGAUCUUCUACGCCAUCUUCACCCACGACACUCAGCACAGCACGAUUGUCUCCUUCUUCGUCGCCUUUGCCGAAGUCAUCCGCCGUGGCAUUUGGCUCAUCCUCCGUGCCUCGCGCGAUACUCCUCUCCCCUACCAGCUCGAUCAGUUCAUCGAGCGUCCCAGCCAGGAGACGUCCGCCGAAGAGUUGGAGGUCGAAACCGGCACCACUACAGGCGCUGUCCAACAGGAACGCAGAGGCACCAUCUCCUCCAUGGCCGCCAGUAUCCGCGAGCGCAUUCGCGGCUCCAUCGUCGCUGGAGCCACCGCUCCCUGGACAGCUUCCACGCCCACCGGCGCCGCCCACCCAGAAGAGGAAGGACCCACCAGUCCCCACCCCGACUCGGGUGCCACUCCUGGGGACGGGGCGACAGGUACCGGCACCGGCUUCAACCUCAGCGGCGGAGGCACCUUCCGCCGCCGUCACAACGAGUCGAUGGGCAAGAAGUCUAUUCUCCAGGCCAUGGCCGAAGCGCACAAGCAAGAUUUCGAAAAGAGACGACCACCCGAGGCACUCAGGGAGGAAGGAUUGGGACGACGGGGAAGCAGUAGUCUUGUCGAUGAAGACGAUGAGGAGGAAGAUGAUGAUGAUCCGGAUUUGCGGAGUGAGAUGGAGGAUGAUGAGGAUGAUGAUUCCGAUCGGAGAAGCGUGCAGGAGGAUCGGAUGGAGGCUAGGGAGGCUGAGACCUUGGUGAGGAGGGGGAGGGGGGAACCGGAUGAUUCGGUGAGCGAGUAA